AGUUCAUGAAAAAAAGUCGCGCUUCUCACUUCCGGGUUCUGUGGAUGGAAGCGACCUGGCACGGCGGUGAAAGGCUCCCAGUAAUGAAAGCAAAUGGCCCUGAGUGUGGCAGAGCGAUCCGUUGGGGCCAUUAUCGGGGCAGCGGUGGCAGAUGCAGCAGCCCAGCCCAUGCACUGGAUCUACAAUCCAGACCGGCUCAAAGAAGUUCUCUCUGAUCUGGAGCCUUUCCCAGAGUUUCGACCUGAGUCGGCGAAUCCUUUCUACCGCAGGACGACAGGAGAGCAGACGUGCUAUGGCGACCAGGCGUACGUCCUGUUGGAGUCCCUGAGUCAGAGCGGAGAUGUGGAUGUGAACGACUUAACCAAGCGCAUGUACAAGUUCUUUGGCCCAGGAUCAGUGUACGAUCUGCCUCUCAACGAUCCGUACAGGCAAAAAGGAGGUCCCAAAGCCAUCCUCCCUAUCGAUGGCCCCUGGAGGAAUGCAAGUCUGAAAGCUCUCAUCAGAAACGUGGACGCUGGCAAAGAGGAAACAGGCUGUGAAGUGGAUUGUCAGAUAGACGGCAUCACAAAGCUGGCUCCGGUGGUUGCUAUGUUUGCUGGACGGCCUGAGAUGCUGCGGAAAGCGGAGGAAGCCCUCCGCGUCACUCAGAAUAAUGACAUGUGUGUGGCUGUGACGCUAGCUGCUGCGAGGUUUUUGGAGCAUUUCAUUCUGAACGGCCCUGAUCCCAAUGCUCUGGAAGCGGUCCUGGCUCAGCUCAACGACCCAAAGAGACAGAACCCUCAGGAGCUGGAUAAGGCUGUCAUUGCACACAUCCACCAGGUGAAGGACAACCUGUCCAGGACAUCCCAAGAGCUGAUCCCAGAUGUGUUCACAAACACAUGAGCUUUGCCUGGUGCAUUCCAGGGUGCGCUUCAUGGAGUCCUGACACUAAAGCAGCUGGAUGAAGCGGUCAGAGACACCAUGCGCCGGGGAGGAUGCACCGCCAGUCGAGCCUCUUUCAUAGGAGCCUGUCUAGGAGCUCAGACUGGUCUCAAUGGAAUCCCAGAGUCUUGGAAGAAGAGGACGUUCAGAUAUCCUCUCCUGCUGGAGCUUGCUCAGAAUAUGCUUCAGAAAAGUCAGCACCUGUAGUCCUGCUUUGAUUGUGACGCAGAGCGAUGGAUGUGGGAAAAUUGCCUUUGAUCACUUUUUGAAAUGAUUUUCCCAAGUUGCUGUUAAACUUUGACGUGACAAUUUAUGACAGUCCCAUUUUAAAGUCUUGUACUAAAUGAAACUUGAAGCAGUUUGUUCUGUCAAAGAUUUAACCUCAGCAACUGUGUGAAUAUCACGAAAUGAAGAACUUGUAUCUGCUUUUCCAUCUGUGAUGUGCUUUGCCUUGGCCAUAGCUUGAUUGUUAAUCUUAGGAUUAAGCAGGUUUACACACUUCUACUUUUCCUUCAGCUCUUUCUGUUAUCGUGAAGUGAAAGAACAGAUUUACUGCUGGGACAACUACAGCGAUCUGUUCCUGCCUCCGAGGAGCUGUUCUGCCUUCUGUAAAGUGCUGACUUCCAUAUUGAUGUGUUUAAAGCACCCACUCCAACAGUCCUGAAAUUUAGCCAAGCGUUAAGCCUGGCCAAAACCUUAAUAUCUUUGACAUGGUGUGGUUAUAAAAAACGUAGUGUGUAGGCUACUGUUGGAGACCCUUUCUUACCUUUACAGCUUCCACUGAUUUGUUCUGAUCUAAUAAAAAGGCAGUAGAUCUGUGAA